UUUUGUCUUCAGAAUGAAGACUCAGAGUUGGUUCAGGAAGAACUGGCUGUGGGCAGCCGGCGGAGCCUUCGUCAGCAUCCACAUCGCCACCUGGCUGCUGCAGAGAGCAGCGAGGAGUGCCGCACGUACCGAGGCCACACCCAGAGAAAAUGUCGCCAACGACAAACCUUACUGACUGUUUUAUUUAUCAAUGGAAACAUGAUCACAGAUGUAUAAUAUACUGUUUAUAACUUCUGAUCAUCGAACUUUGUGUUGUUUUUGCUCGUUUCUAAUAAAUGUUUCCGAUUCUUUUUUCAUUGAUUGGCUGUUGAAUGGGGGAAAAAACAAUUACUUUGAGUUUGUCUCAAGUAAUUAAACAGGGGUUUGUUAUAUUUAGUAAUAAGAACCCGGAUGAAGGUAAAAUAUUGAUUCAUAAAUUUGUUCUUUCUGGAGAAAUAAAGUAAUUUAAUUUGUGAGACUGACAGUCAGAUACAAGUGCAGUUGUUUCAGUGAAACUACAGUGACAUGCAGGGAAUAAAUAUGUCAAUAGAACAGUGUAAAUGUUUUCAAUAUAUUUUCUAACAUUACUACUACUUAAGUAAAUAAAUAUUUUAUUGAUAACUAGUGUUACAGGGUCUGGAGGAGUGGUUUUGAACGGCUGUUGAUGCGGUGUAGCUUUUUUUAAUUAUUAUUCAAAAGCAACUUGUUGCAAUGUGAAUUUUGCGAAAAGCAGUUUUUCUUUUUUUUUUGCGAUUUUGAAUUCUGACCGAUUUUCUGAUCUUUAAGAUUAAAACACGUGACCUAAGUCGUCCACAGAAGUCAGUAGUGGUGUGGCAUUGACUAAUAACCAGGGACCAAAAAAAAAACCCAUUCCUUCUCUCCCGCUCCUUCACUCCUCCCCCUCCAUCCUUUCCUUGCUGUUCCAUGUCCUCCUCCUCUCUCGCUCCUUCACUCCUCCCCCUCCAUCCUUUCCACCCUGCUCCUUCCACCUCCUCCUGCUCCUGCUCCACUUCUCACUCUUAGCUCGUGUCUCCCGGCUUGUUUUCCGCUCCUCUCCCUCUGUUGCUCCUGCUGCUGCUGCCGUUACUGCUCUUGCACCAUGGGUUGCGGCUCCCAGAACCGGUUCUGGUUCUGCUUGCUCCUGCUGAGUCUCAUUCUAGGUAUUAAUCGGGUUCGUGCUCUGGAGCGACAGGAACUGUUCAAGUUCGGAAUAGAAGCCGGAGACGAGGAGCUGCAGCCCGGUGGAGACUCCAGCACCGAGCUGCACCUGAAGGGAACCUUCUUCUUUUUUAAUGCCCAGCACCAGAGAGUCCACAUCAACACUAAUGGAUUUGUGUCAGUCGUCAAACCCCCUGCAGAGGCUGACUACCUCGGCAAGAUGCCGUCCACUUUCGCAAUGAUUGCCGCCUUGCUGGGAGACCUGGACAAUUCUGAUGGACAGGGGCACGUUUUCUACAGGGUGGACAGCAAUGUGGACGUCCUCAGACGAGCCAGCCUGCACAUCAGUCAAGCCUUUCCUACAGACGAAGAAGCAGCACCCCACAGUGUCCUUGUUGUCACCUGGGUCAACAUGGCCGCCCAGGGGAGCACAGGACGAGGGGAUGGUCUGGAUGUCAAGAGAAACACCUUCCAACUGGUUGUGGCCUUCAUGACAUCCUCCGCCUGUGCCAUUCUCCUUUAUCCCACUGACGGCCUGCAGUUCCUUUCUACAUCAAUUGGGGGCGAGCACAAAGUUCUUGAAGCUGGCUUUAAUGAAGGUGUUGUGAAAGGAUGGUUCAAAAGCUCACAGGGGACGUACUUCCAGACGACCACUGAUGAUGAGGCGUCUGUCAGGGCACUUACUCAGAAGACCAACUCUGGACGAAGAGGAGUCUGGGUGUUUGAGGUGGGUCCUUCACGGCUCUUUGCUGCCAUUAUUCCAGGAAUAGUUCCUCUGGAGGGAGGGGCUACGACUGAGUCUCUAGUCACAGUCCCACCAGGAUUACAAGAAACUGAGACCACCUCCUUAAAGUACCAGACUCAAACAGCAGUAGCUCCCACUGAAUAUCCGACCACGUACCAGGACUCAGAGACCAUCACACCAUGGUACACCACACCAGAGACAGAGGAGCCAGGUCUGUUUAGGACUGAAGACCCAGAACUGGACACUGUGACACCAACUUACAGUACAAUGAAAGAGACAGAUGUGGUUUACCUUGGCCACACUGAGUCCUCAUAUCCUUACCAAACUGAAACCAAAGACCCCGUCUUCAGACCACAGUACACCAGCCCUGAACCAAACGAAGCCCAGUACUCUUCUGUCCAACCGGAGAAGCCUGACCUGGUCCAAACACAAUAUACCACCCCUGAACCAAACGAAGCCCAGUACUCUUCAGUCCAGCCGGAGUACCCCGACCUUGAUCUGAUACAACCAAUUUAUAACAGUACUCAAUCAACGGAUGCUAAAUCCCCUUCAGUCCAGCCUGAGAAUCAUGACCCUGACCUUGUCCAACCAGGAUACACCAGCCCUUCACCCACUGACCCUGAAUACACCCCGGUGGAGCCAGAAUACCCUACACCUGAUCUGGUCCAGCCACGAUACAUCAGCCCUGGUUUGAAUGAACCCAAAUAUCAUCCAGUUGCACCAGAAUCACCUAACACCGAUUCAGACCAAUCACGAUACAUUAUACCUGAACCAUUUCAACCAGUGCCAGGCCAGUCCCAGCCACAGCAGCCCCAGAUCGUCGUGGUGGAUGAAGACGAAGAUCUGAAUGUUAACGUAUUUGCCUACAGUUCGGAGAAGUGUGUUGACAACAAACACAAGUGCUCCGUGUUUGCUGACUGCCGGGAUUACAGCACUGGCUACUGCUGCCACUGUAGGCCUGGCUACUACGGCAAUGGGAAGGACUGUGUUCCAGAUGGCAAACCCCAGAGGAUGAACGGAAAGUUGAAUGGUCGUUUGUUUGUGGGUGCUACACCGGUUGAGCUUAGCAACAAUGACCUGCACUCCUAUGUGGUGGUCAACGAUGGACGAGCCUACGUGGCCAUCAGUAACAUUCCCAAGAGUGUGGGGCCAUCACUGCAACCUUUGUCCUCCCUGGGAGGAGUCAUCGGCUGGGCCUUUGCUCUGGAGCAGCGCGGCUACAAAAAUGGCUUCAGUCUGAUCGGUGCAGUGUUUUCCCGACAGGCUGAGGUAAUUUUUUAUCCAGGGAAUGAGCGUCUGAACAUCCGGCAGCAGUUCGUAGGAAUUGACGAACACGAACACCUGGUAGUAAACACCGAGGUGGAGGGACACCUGCCCACAGUCCCACUGGGAUCCUCCGUCCACAUCAGCCCGUACAAGGAGAUCUACCAAUACGACCGCGACUUGAUCACCUCCUCCUCCAACCGUGAAUACACUAUCACUUUGCCUGAUGGAACCGUGGACACCAGAAGCUACCAGUGGCGUCAGACCAUCACUUUCCAGAGCUGCCCACACAGCGAGGACCUCAGGACCACCCAGCAGCUCAGUGUGGACCAGAUCUUUGUGUGGUUCGAUGACCAGAACGAGCUGAUCAGAUAUGCUAUGACCAACAAGAUGGGAUCAGUCCACAGUGGGGUUGAGGAAUCGAACCCGUGUUUUACAGGCCACCACGGCUGUGACAUCAACGCAGUGUGCAGGGCUGGUGAGGGCCUGCAGUUUACAUGUGAAUGUGCCGCUGGUUUCACUGGAGACGGAUACUACUGCUAUGAGACAGUCAGUCCCGUGGAUCACUGUCAGAAAGGAAGUCACAACUGUGACGUUCCAGAGCGAGCUGUGUGCAGCUACACUGGAGGCUCAGCCUUCGUCUGCUCCUGUCUGCCAGGCUUUGAGGGCGAUGGCCGUGUCUGUCGAGAUGUGGACGAGUGUCAGCAGGACCGCUGCCACCGUGACGCCUUCUGCUCUAACACUCUAGGCUCCUACAGCUGUCAGUGUGGCCCCGGGUUCGAGGGCGACGGAGUCCAAUGUAACCCUGUCCCCACAGAGCGAGAGAAGACUCAGUGUGAGAGCGAGAGAGACAACGCUCAGAGUUUCAAACCCGAAUCCUCUGGCUUCUUCUCCUUCUUCCGUCCUCGACCAAUCAUUAAUCAGUUCAUCCCACAGUGUGACCAAUACGGUGCCUUUGAGCCCACCCAGUGUCACACCAGCAUCGGUCAGUGCUGGUGUGUGGACGCAAAUGGUCAGGAAGUCCCCGACACACGUACUGGAUCUGAAAGCCCACCUCUGUGUAUAAACCAGGCAGUGACACCGGCCCCUGUGGGGCCAACGCCACGGCCCGCCAUCAAACCUGUGGCUCCAGGAGCUCACCUUCUAUUUGCCCAGAGCGGCAGAAUCCAUCAUGUUCCUUUGGACGGAUACAGCAUGAAGAAAGAGGAGGCCAAACCUCUGCUGCACGUCCCUGACCGAGUGGUCAUCGCGUUGGCCUACGACUGUGUGGACAAGAUGGUUUACUGGACAGAUAUUACUGGACCCGCCAUCAGCAAAGCCAGCAUGAGUGGAGGAGACGUCAUCCCAGUGGUGACUAAAGAACUGCAGAGUCCUGAAGGCCUGGCAAUCGACUACGUGUCCCGUCUCCUCUUUUGGACUGAUUCCAUGCGAGACACCGUCGAGGUGUCCAGACUAGACGGCAGCCAUCGACGUGUCCUGUUCGACUCUGACUUGGUUAACCCCCGCCCCAUUGUCACUGACCCUACAUAUGGGAAACUGUACUGGGCCGACUGGGACAGAGAUGGACCCAAAAUUGAGAUGUCCAAUAUGGACGGUACAGAUCGUACAGUCCUGGUAAAGGAUGACUUGGGCCUCCCAAAUGGUCUGACGUUUGACACCGACAGCCAGCAGCUGUGCUGGGCAGACGCAGGAACUCGUGUGGUGGAGUGUAUCGAUCCUCAUCGCCGCCAGAGGAAGCGGAUUGUUGAUGGGAUCCAGUAUCCCUUUGCUGUGGUUUCCUUUGGACGAAAACUGUACUACACUGACUGGAGGAGGGAAGCAGUGGUUGCUGUGGAUCGUACCUCUCAGACAGAGACGGAGGAGUUUCUGCCACAGAUGCGCUCGCGGCUCUACGGCAUCACAACCACGACCACACACUGUCCACAAGCCUACAACUACUGCCUUAACAAUGGCGGCUGCUCUCACCUGUGUCUGCCACGAGUCGGCGGCUUCAGCUGCCGCUGCCCUGACGCGGCUGCUGCUGACGGACAGUGUGUGGAGGGAAACGCGUGAGAAUCUGAAGCAUAAAGAGAGAGAGAGAAGAAAAAAAAACACAAAACUGAAAUCUUUUUUUUUUACUAUUUUUUUACUUGAACUGAAAAAUUGUGUUUUUUGUGUUUAUUACGUUUAUGCCACACUUACCACAAUGAUUACUCUUUGUCUUGUGAUCACAUGUAUGACAAAUUUUAAUUUAAAAUCUUAAUAUUCUCAUUAUACUCCCCAGAAAAAAGUCAGUUAACAUUUCACAACAUUACGAAACAAGUAUGUAUACAGAGAUUUUAUGCAAAUGUUCUGGAUCGUUUUGCCAAAAAAGAAUUCUAUGAAACCAGGUCGCUAACAAAACACAACACUGAGAAUGCAGUUAUGUUUUUUUAUGAACUUGUAAAUAACUACUUGAACUGAAGUUAGAUACUCUGACAGCUUUAAAGUGUCACCUGUCCGACCUUUGUCGUAGGUUGACCUAGUGUCUCCUGUGUGUCUUCGUUCAUAUCCGUUGUUUUGUGUUGGUUCACAGCUAAUAUUUAAUCCAUCCAACAGACUUUGAGUCAAUGAAAGAGCAACUUUGCUCAGCUCAGGGUUUUUUUUUUUUUUUUUAAUUUUGUUUAGAAAACUUCAGGGAGAAGCUAGUCAAGCAGUGCUGAACAAAAGUUCUCUGUCAUGCAGACAAUAAUUUAUUUCAUUCAUCGAUGCCCGCUGUGGACUUGGGCUGGGCGGGGGGACUAAAGAGGGGCGUUAAGUCCUACAAGGUACUGUACGUCAUCACCAACACCCACUUCAUUUUUCAAAUAUUUAAAGAAAAUGAAGAGAUACAGGUCAUUUUCAACAUGUACAGCUUCAAUAAAACUACUUUAAAAAGUUCAUGUCCAGAGCAUUUCACUGUUAUUACCGACAUAAAUACUAAUACUGACUG